AGGACGAGGCAGACAAACGGACUGACGAAGGUGCCUAAGGUAGGGAUACUCAGUCUCGCGGCCACGUGCUACACGAGCGCACGCCCCGAGCCGGCCGGCGGUCCAGCCAGCCAGCCAGCUACGACGCCGUCCUCUUGUUCUUCGUUCUCGCAUCAUCCCGCGCGCUUCCUCCUGUUUCUCCCGUCCAUCCGUUUGUCCGUCCGUCCCUCCCUCCCUCUCUCCGUCCGUCUCUUUUUGUCUGACGGAAACCGUCGAAAAGUCGCGCGACGUAGUUCCGAGAGCGAUCCAGCACGCGAUCGGUGGUGGUUCUUCAGCAUCCUCCGAGAGGAGCACCCGCGUAGUGACCCCAAAAAGAUAUAGGAAGGACACUCGGCUACUGUGAUCCUUCCCGACGGAUGAUCGCGCUUCUCCCCUGCCGGAGGAGAUUUUCGACACGAGUGUGUAUCACAUAGAUACCGAUUUAGUGCAAUCGCGACGAGGACAAUCACGUACUGUUUGGUAACACACAGUGCGUGGAUGGAGAACGUGUGGUCGAUGUGUGUUUUCUGUGCUGGAUAAGGGCGAGCGGCAAUGACGCGUGCUGUCACGGCUGGCUGACAUGCGUCCGUAGGUGCGACGCGACGGUGCGGAAAAUUGGGAAAGGGUUUGAUACGGAAGUGUAUCGAGAGAGAGGGAGAGAGAAAGAGAAGAAGAGGAAUAAAAACGGAAGUCUCUGGGUGGACGACAUCGCGUAGGCCGGAAGUCACGCGUCGCGUGAACGUUUCAAGGAACAAGCGGCGCACGACAAGUGUACAAAAUGUUGGCGCGCCACAUGAAGCGGAAAGAGGGUAGGUCGGGUCACAGGCCAGGACGGCUGACACCGAGGGAUUAAAACGUGUCGAAUGGAUGUGGGCGAUCUGUCGGGAUCGGUAGGGAGCGGAUCCAUCUCGGUUGCGACGGGUGUUGGUUUUAUCGCCAACGCGACAUCCGCCACCCCAGGGUGGUGGACGCCUACGUCGACGAUCACAUCGGCAGCGGCCAACACCGACGUGAUGAAUCAGCUCUGCAGGGUUUGCGGAGAGCCGGCCGCGGGUUUUCACUUCGGAGCCUUCACGUGCGAAGGCUGCAAGUCUUUCUUCGGGCGCACCUACAACAAUCUGGGUAGCAUUUCCGAAUGCAAGAACGGCGGCGUCUGCGUGAUCAACAAGAAGAAUCGUACCGCCUGCAAGGCAUGCCGCCUGCGGAAAUGCCUGAUGGUGGGCAUGUCCAAGUCCGGCUCGCGUUACGGCCGGCGCUCCAAUUGGUUCAAGAUACACUGCCUACUGCAGGAACAGUCCCAGCAGGCGCAAAAUCGUCUGAUCAAGGACCCCAAGUCCGCGUACGAGAAGGCGUUCGGCUCGUUAGACGCCGCGAAUAACAACAAUAAUAAUAAUACCGAGAACACCAGUAACACCAGCGCCAGCAGCAUCGUCGGCAUCGUCACGACGGCGACCACUACGGCCAACAGUUACCAUCAUCACCUGCACCACCAUCAUCAUCCGGAUCGGUUGCCCAAGAGGGAGGACGGUGCGCUCAGGCCAGCGGAUAUUCCGGUGCAACUGAGGUCACCCGACGUCCCGCCGAGAAGCAGCCAGGAAGCGAUCCUGAGGCCGGCCGAUCUCCCGAGGACCCCGCACGAGAUGCUCAGGCCCGAAGUUUCGAGGUUCCCCAUGUGGCGGGGCCCGCCGCUCUUUCAUCCAGCGCUCACGCACAUGCAGCUGCUGAACGCGCCGUUCUUCCCGUUCCAGCAGCGUUUCAUCGUACCUUACGUGAACCAAGUGGGCCCGCCGCAGAUGGCGACCAGCCUGUCGAGCUCGUCCAGCGAGAGCGUCAGCCCGCGAUCGACUCCGUCGCCGACCAAGAGAAGCGAGGAGAAUCGCGAGUGCCGCGAGGUCGACCGCGAGACCACGUCCGAGCGAGACCGGUGUCCGAGGGCAGGUUCGAUAGAGGUCGCGUAUGACAAGAAUCUCACGUUUUUGCGGUCUCUCGGGCCGGAGCAAGAGGAGCCGAUGGACCUCAGCAUGAAGGACACACGGACGGAUGGGCAGGAGGUGGACGCUGGUAGCAUGGAAGAGGAAGAGGAGGAAAAGUCGAGCAACAGCGAGGAAAAUGAGCUUCAGCAGGACACCGGGCCGCCCCUGGACCUCACCCGGAAGACAUGACCUCGGAUAUCAAAUGGUGCUCGCUAGAAGUGCUCAACGAGAACUCGAUUCGAUCGGGAAAGAUCAUUGGUGUCGCUCCGAGUCCGCGUGGAUAAGCGGAGCGGUGUCGCCGAGCAAUCUGUUGAAAAAGAAGGCGACACGCUCGAAGCCCCUCCCCGCGGCGGAAGAAGAGGAAAACGGGAGGACGAUGUCGAGAGGAAGGACGGAUGGCUGGGAAAGUAGCGUAAGAUGAGAAGAAGAAGGAGUGGGAGGAGGAGGAGAAGGAGAAGGAGGAGGAGGAGGACGGCAAGGAAAGGUACGAAAGGUGAAGGAGAGAAUGGAGAAGAACGCGCGAAUCACACGAGAAGCGGAGAGGGUGGAAGAAGGUACAGUUACAUCGUAAUAACCGCGGCGAGCGAGAAGCACGGCGCGAGUGUCAAAGGUGCUCCGGCGCAAGAAACGGAGAAGGCGACUCCGUGGGAGAGGGAGGGGCGGGGGAGGGAGAAAGAGGAGUAGCCGAAUACGAUUACGUUGGAACGACACGUGAGGGAAAAGCAGAAGGAGAGGGGGAGAGAGCGCGGUCGGCCUGCGCUGAGGAGGAAGAAGGUGCCGCCGCGCGUAGUGCAGCCGGCACAAACGGCUUUACGAUCGGCGAUCGUCCGAUCGAUGAAAAUUGCUCAAGCCGCUCGGUAUCAGCCGACACACGAGUCCCUUUUGCCGCCCGGUCGUGCCCCGACGGCAGGUGCACACUGACGGAGCGCCCGUGAGGAUAUCGAUACAUUCCCUCUCGUCGGAGAAACGCAUCGUGCCUUUAGCGAGGCUGGGCACUCGGACUAUGCGCGACUCGCGAUUCCGGCUGUUCGUACCGGGUCUCGUGGAUAUUGGACGUGGUACAUUCGUCGAAUUCGCGCCGACUCGACGAGGCCGAGAGGGCGUGAAUCAAUUCGUUCGCGGUCGUUCGUGUACAGGGGGCUGCGCUGUGCGAGCGAACGCAACGGCGAAUCGUGCGGACGGAGGGGGGUUCACGUUCGGCGAGCCGGCCAAUUUCCGUCGAGGGAAAUGACGAGCCGCACGAAUCGCGGAAUCGCGUGUAUCGUUAGCGCGCCAGCUCUCGAAAAGCGGUGCCUUAAAAAAUACGGCGGUGAAAACGGGGAACCGCCGGUGAUAGUUUAAACGUUAGAACGAUAUGUAACCGUGUUUGCCGUGUCGUGGCGACGACGCACGGCGGGAUGGCCAGUGAGUGCUUCGCGCGUACAACUAUUGCGCCGACGAGAUCGUUCGGCGAGCGUUCGAGACGUCCGGAUUCCGUUCGAUCCGAGCACUCGCGUCGAUUCGCCAAGAGAAAAAAAACGAGAGAGAGAGAAAAGAAAUCGACACUGAUGCGAGAGAUCGGACGGCGAUCCGGGCGCCGGAUAAAUUUGUGAUUCUGCGAAUUCCAAGUGCUCUUAGUACGUAACUUAUGUAUAUUUCUCGAGAGUCCUGUCGGACGAACAGGGAUCGUAUCAAGCCCGAGCGCGGGGGAAAUCGUUCCGAAACGUGCCGAUCGUCCGCGGUGGGUUCCGCAGUUGCGCUCAAGUACAAAAAAAAGGAAGAAAGAAAAGGGAGGCACGCGGUAGCCACGAUCGGACGAUCGCACGAAGCGCGGGCGCCGUUCGAGUGUUCGAGUCGAAGAGUACGAAAUGAAAUAAAGAAUAUUAUAUACCUGAA